CAGCGCUUUUGCCAACCAAUCUGAGCUCAGAAAAUAGAUCAAAUUCAUCUACUGAAGGCUAUAUGACUUAAUUCUGAUGUGCUUUUUAAGAAAUUGUGGUUCUGUGUCGAAUUGAACUGAUGCUAUGGGUGAUGUUAGCUCAGACACAACAUCUCAGGAGUUAUAUUUUUUGCAUGGAUGAAACUUGCCUUUCUGGAUAGCCUGUCUGCAAAUUGUUGAUUCUCCUGCCAAAGGAACCUUUAGCCAUAAAAUUUGCCUAAUGUCCUUUCCAAUGAUGCCAGCCAGAAUUGCCUUCCUUUUACUUUCUCUGUAAUGUGCGCAUUUUUUUUUAAUACGACUGUUUCGUCGAUGCCUUUCUCUUGACUUUGGAGUAGAGCCAAGUAAAGGUCAGUAUCGUAGAAGAGGAGGAGUUAACAAAGCCAGGGGAUGCUUUUCAUUAGCUGUAACCCUUUUCUAUUCAAGCAAAUUGCCAACAUGCAAAUUUGUGUAGUUCUUAAGCACAAGCCACCAUACAACAAAUGCUUCCAGUGUGAAGAAUCGAACAACAAGUUUAUUAUUAAAAGACACUACAAUGUAUAUUUAAAAAAAAUAAAAUAGGAAAUUGCCUCUUUGAAUGAAAGUUCUUAAAUAUAAUGACUGCACCCUAAGAGGUUGAAGGAGAAGCCACUGUCUUUAAGUGCCAAGAGGAAGUUAAUUUCUCGGCUUCUCAGGAAGAAUAUGAACUAGAAUUGGAAAAGAAGGCUACCAAAGAAGCUGCAAGGAAACCAACCAGGGAAGUAGACCAAGCCGAGGAAAACCAGUUGAUGGAAGAAAGGAAAAAAAGAAAAGACGACAAAAAAAAGGACGCUGCUCAAAAGAAGGCCUCUGAACAAAAAAACAAAGUGCCAGAACCUGCUAAAGUCAGUAUAAGCCAGCCUCGGCCUGCCAGCCCUAAGAGUGGAACUUCCACAGCAGCCAGCACCAGUAGCAAUGCCAAACGAGUCCCAGCCAACAGUCAGCUGCAGGCAUCACCUAGGUAUUCUCGUGAAGUACCACCAAGGUUUCGACACCAGGAACAGAAACAGCUGCUGAAGCGUGGUCAGCAGUUGCCUACAAUAGCUGCAAAUCUGGGACCUGUAGCUAAAGCUGUAAACGGCCAAUCAGUAGUUAGCACUGUUGCAGUUGCACAUCCAGUGAUCAACGGCAUUAUAAACCAAGCAAGCAUGCCUCCUAUUCGUGACUUGGUCAGCCACUCCCCUAACCAGUCAGAUCUGAAGCACAGUGGCUUAGGAUCCCAUUAUGAAAAGAAUCACUGGGCUUCUGUGUCAUCCAGUGGGAACUUGAACGCCAACUGGGAAAAAGUAAUUGUAGACGGGUCUGAUAAGGAGGCUUGGCCUUCUAUUACUGGCAGUGACCCAGAGUUAGCUUCAGAAUGUAUGGAUGCUGACUCUGCCUCAAACUCUGGGUCCGAGAAUAACCUCAGUAUAAUGGCAUCAGGGAGCACAAGUGGUGACAGUGAUGGUGGCAAAAACAACAGUGGUCGCAGUUCUCAAAAACAGUGUGCAGUUGGCAAUGGCAGCAAUAACAUGGGUAAUGGAAGUAUCAGUGGGUCAUGGGGUGGAUCCUAUGUACCUGUGUUAAGCACAUCAUGUCAAGGUUCUGUGGAAGGUCCUGACAACAGGAAGUUAGAAAACUGUCACAGCAAAAGCAAUGCUUGGGGUAGCUUAAAUUCCUCAACAAAUGGAGGGGUAAUGCCAAGCACUUUGAACUUGAAUGCCAUCCAUGGACAUACCUGGCCUGUGUUGGAGAAUAAUGGACAUAAUUGUAAUGGACCUGUGGGAAGUGGCAAUUCUAGCAGUAAUGGCCAGUCCCUUGGUCAGAUACCUAACAAUCAGAGCAGUAACUCUAAAGUGGGUAUUGUUGCCUGUAGUUCCUGGGGAGGCUUUCAGGAAAACACUGAUUCUGAAGUAAAUGGUACACAGAAGGUUACAGUCAAUGGACAACCUCACAACCUUAACACUGAAAUAAAUGGACCAAAUAACACUACUAACUUUAUCACCUCUAGUUUACCAAACUCUACUGGCUUAAUGCAGGUAAAUGAACUGCCUAAUAUUACAGGACAUGGUGCCUGGAGAGUAAGCACAGCGAAUCCUCAACUUAAUGGCACUUCCGUUUCUCAGCUAAGCAAUGGUGAGGAAAAGAAUGGUGGCUCUCAUGGUACGACAUGGGUUGCAUCUGGCACUAAUUACUCUGCAGAAAAACAGUCAGGCCCUGACCCUCAAGCUAGUGGCGACACUGUGAAUGCAACUUUAAUGCAACCUGGUGUGCAUGCAGCUGGAGCUUCCAGUUUCAAAAACAGUGGUGGUAGAAGUGUGAGCUCAUGGGAAUUGGGUGCAGGUUCCUCUCAUAACUUACACUGUGGGAUGGCCAAUGGUGUAGCAUCUGGAGGGAUUCGGAGAGGUUGGGGUAAUCCAGCACAAAACAGUGGCACUAAUGUAUCCAAUGGGGAAUGGAGUAAACUGCCGAACAAUCAGCAUUCCAAUGAUAAUGUUAAUGGGAAUGGUAACAAGAAGGGAACAAAUGGACUGAAAUACUCUGAAAAUGAUGCUCCUGGCAGUCAGAGUCUUUUGCCUGGCACAAGUGAACAGAACUCUAUGUGGUCAAAAACUCCAGGUACUGGGGACAGUGAAGGUAGCACAGAAAGCACUGGAAGUGGUCAUGAAAAAAUGACUGUGUUGAGACAUGGUCAUGCUGAAAAGAGGAAGGCUGACCAGUUGUCUCUUCAAAGCAUUCUUAGUAGAACUGACUUAGAUCCACGUGUUCUUUCCAAUUCUGGUUGGGGACAAACUCCAAUUAAACAAAACACUGCCUGGGACAUUGAAGCUUCACCAAGGAGUGAGAGAAAGACUGACAAUGGAACAGAGGGCUGGGGAUGCUCUGUUUCACAGACGUCAAGCUCAGGGGGGUGGGGGGAUAGGGGUAGCCCUAGUAGCAAUGAUACCUCAUCAGUGUCAGGGUGGGGAGAUCCAAAGCGUGCUACAGGGUGGGGAGACACCAAAGGCACAAAUAGCCAAGCUAGUUGGGAUGCUGAUUCUGCUGCUACUGCUGCUUCAGGAAUGGUCAAAAGCAAUCAGUCAUGGGGAAAUAACCGGGAGGAUAAAUCUGCUUGGAAUGAUGCACAAAAGGUCAAACAGGGGUGGACAGAUGGACAGAAAUCAAGCCAGGGGUGGGUAGGGCCUGGACAAGAAAGCUGGGGAGAUGUAGCAAGGAUUAGUUAUUGGGGUGAGUCCCAGAAAGCUAACCCUGGGUGGAAUAGUGACAGUGAUAGGUCAGUAUCUGGUUGGAGUGAACCUAGUAGGUCUAACUCCACUGCAUGGGGAAAUAGUAGCAAUCCACAUCCUUGUAAUACCACAGGGUGGGGCGAAUCUUCAAAGUCUAAUCAGUCUGAAGGAUGGGGAGACUCUUGUAAGCCUGGACAGUCUCAGACCUGGGGUGAAAUAUCCAAGCCAAGCAACUCCCCAGACUGGAAUAAGCAUCAAGAUGUUAAUGGAUCUUGGGGAGUCCCAUCGGCUACAAAUAAACCAUCGGGCUCUGCUUGGCAGGGUGUACCAAUUCCAGUCCCGUCAAAAGAGGACGAACCUACUGGCUGGGAGGAACCAUCACCAGAAUCAAUCCGUCGUAAAAUGGAAAUAGAUGAUGGCACCUCUGCUUGGGGUGAUCCUAGCAAAUACAAUUAUAAAACUGUGAAUAUGUGGAAUAAGAAUGUUUCCAGUAGUAAUGGUGGAUCUGACCAGCAAACACAGUUGCAUCCACAACCAGCAGCUCCAUCAAGUGCCAUAUUGAGUAAAGAUAGCAGUGGCUCAGGAUGGGGAGAGCCAUGGACAGAGCCUGGUGCUCCUGCUACUACUGUGGACAAUGGAACGUCUGCAUGGGGUAAACCUGUUGAGACUGGUGCAGGCUGGGGAGAAUCAGCCAGUGAUACUACUGCAAGUUCCAGCUGGAGUAGUACCCCAGCUGGCCUACACGCUCCACAUAAACCUGGACCCAAACCUAUGCAAGAUGGCUGGUGUGGUGAUGAAAUGUCAUUAUCAGAGACUCGCCAUCCGAGUUGGGAAGAGGAAGAGGGUCGUGAGAUUGGAGUGUGGAACAGCAGUUCUACCCAAGAAAUGCACUCUUCUUUAAACUGGACACCUUACAUGAAAAAAGUGCCUUCAAAGGGCACAUUGAAAGGUGGCAAUAAACAAGAGGAUACUUGGGCAAAUGCUAUUGUGAACCAGUUUUCUAAUCUCAGUUUUAAUAAGGACUCUGCAGAAGAAGCUGUACAGAGCAAUAAAAUGGACCUGCCAGGAGGUAUCCUGCAGGAUAAAAGGAUGGACCUGGAUAAGCAUUGUUUGAAUGUCGGAGAAUACAAUGGCAUUAUAGGAAAGAGCCCAGUUUCUCGUCCCCAUAUUCCCAAAGAGUCUUCCAUGGACCGCAGUCCUUACUUUGAUAAGGAUGGCAUUGUAGCAGAAGAGCCCCAAACUGUGCAGUUCAUGUCCAGUCAAAACUCAAAGCUUCCUCCUUCAAACAGUGCACUACCUAAUCAGCUCAGUGGCUCUGGGGCAGGGCUGGGCACACAAAACUUGAAUUCUGUAAGGCAGAAUGGCAAUCCUAGUAUUUUAGGCAUCUGUAAUGCAGCAGCACAAGUGAGGGCCAUGCAGCAAGCUCAAGCACAACCUGUGAAUGCAUCUCAGCCUAAUCUUCGCGCUCAAGUGCCUCCUCCAUUACUCUCCCCUCAGGUUCCAGCAUCUUUACUGAAGUAUGCACCAAACAGUGGGGGCUUAAGUCCACUCUUUGGCCCUCAGCAAGUAGCCAUGCUGAGCCAGCUUUCCCAGCUGAACCAGCUUUCCCAACUUUCUCAGCUGAAUCAGCUGCAGCGGCUGUUGCUUCAACAGCAGAAGGUACAGAAUCAGAGAAACAUGACUCCUUGUGGUCGCCAGCAAGACCAGCAAUGUCGUCCAAUCAAUAUGCAGCAACCUCGACAGCUUGACCCAAACCUGUUGAUGAAACAGCAGAACCCUUCCUCUCAGCAGCAGCCAUUUAACCAACCUGCCAUGAAACCCUUCAUUGAGAAUCUCAUCCCCCCUGCUGUUCCUGAACUACAGAAAGGGCCUUCACCUCUGAAUGCAUUCAGCAGCUUCCCUUUAGGUGGGUUUCUCCAGCCUAGCCCAGGACAUUCAGGAGAUACUACUAUGCCGCAUACUGUGCAGCCUCCCAUUUUACAGAUGCCUGGCUUUUUCCCUUGUGGCAGUAAUCCAACUCCUCUUAGCCCUCCCCUCGUUAAUGGCGGCACCUUCAGUCCUUUGCCAGGCUCACCCAACCAUCAGUAUAUGGGGAGGAAAGUUACCAGUCAAGAAAGCCGUACUGUAUCAAAAGGUUUGAAUUCAAACUUGAAUGUAAACAGUCUUGAUAUUAACAGUAUUAACUUCAAAGAGCCACAGUCUCGUCUAAGGAAGUGGACUGCAGUGGACAGCAUUUCUGUUAACCCAUCUUUGGAUCAGACCUCUGGUAAACAUGGUGCUAUUUCAAGUGGGUUUAGGCUUGAAGAGCCUCCUUUUGUUUCAUAUGAUUUCAUGAAUAACAGUAAUUCUUCAGCUAGCCCUCCAGGACCUGUUGGGGAUGGCUGGUCACGUGCCAAAUCACCCAGUGCUUCUACUAAUAUCAACUGGCCACCAGAAUUUCGGCCUGGUGAGCCUUGGAAAGGUUAUCCAAACAUCGAUCCUGAAACUGACCCAUAUGUCACCCCUGGGAGUGUAAUAAACAAUCUCUCCAUUAAUACUGUUCGAGAUGUUGACCAUCUCAGAGACAGGAACAAUGGGUCAUCCUCAUCUUUGAACACCACGCUGCCUUCUUCUAGUGCCUGGUCAUCCAUUCGUGCCUCCAACUUCAGUGGUUCUCUGAACAGUACAGCACAAAGCACUUCUGCCAGAAACAGUGAUUCAAAGUCUGCCUGGUCUCCUGGCCCACUCUCCAACACCUCACUGGCACAUGAGCUGUGGAAGGUCCCAUUACCUCCUAAAAACAUCACUGCACCAUCCCGUCCACCUCCAGGGCUGACGAGUCAAAAAACAUCUUCACCCUGUUGGGAUAAUGCACUUCGACUGGGUGGGGGGUGGUCUAAUACAGAUUCUAGAUACACCCCAGGUUCAAGCUGGAGUGAUGGCAGCUCAGGGAGAGUAACAAAUUGGCUUGUUCUCAAAAACCUCACACCUCAGAUUGACGGCUCAACGUUGCGUACCCUGUGCAUGCAGCAUGGCCCUCUGAUUACAUUCCACCUUAGUUUACCACAUGGCAAUGCUUUAGUCCGUUACAGCUCAAAGGAAGAGGCAAUCAAGGCACAAAAAUCUCUGCACAUGUGUGUGCUAGGGAACACUACGAUUCUUGCUGAGUUUGCCACGGAAGGGGAGAUCAAUCGUUUCUUUGCACAAGGCCAGUCUUUGACUUCCUCUCCCAGCUGGCAGUCACUUGGAUCCAGCCAAAACCGAAUUGGACCUAUUGAAGGUUCCCACACUUACUCCAACCGCAAUGAUUUUAAUCACUGGAAUGGUGCUGGGCUGUCGGGAACUGGCAGUGGAGACCUCCAUGGCACUUCCCUUUGGGGAACCCCAACCUAUUCCGCAAGCCUAUGGGGAACCCCAAGCAGCAGUGACACCGGGGGAAUUAACAGUCCAUCCCCUAUCAAUGCUUUUCUUCCUGUUGACCACCUUGGUGGAGAGUCCAUGUAAUGUUUCCCUUUUGACUUACAAACUGUGACCUCAAGAUAUUACAGAUCAGCACUAAUUGGACUUUUCACCUACAGCAAGGGGUCACCUGUGGAAACAAAGUUACUUUUCUGCACAUUUUCCACUUUGUGUUAGCCCAAAACAUAUCAGUUGAAUACUUGAAUAAUGCAGGCCAAUACUAUAAUGUGAAAACUAUAUAUUUACACUUCCAGAUAGUGCUAGACAUUUAAGAACUGCUUAGAAUGAGCUCAUCCAUGUAUGUUUAUGAUGUUUCUUUUUUUUUUUUUAAUUUUGCAAAUAAUGUCUGAGUAUGAGCUUUUUAAACUUUGCACUGAAUGUUGUUCUCUCCGUCUAAUCGGCAAUAUCGGGGAGGUGGCAGUUCAAGUGUAAAAAUGUUUACUCAAGGAUGUUCUUAAAAAAAAAUGUGUGCUCUCUACUAUGCCUUGAUGUAUUGCCUACCUUAUUGUGGUAUAUUGUGGAGUACAUGAUCAAGUUAUGAUGCUGACUUAGGAUUUGUUAUUAAAAGUAUUGCACCAGUUUUUCACAUUAAAACUAAAGAAUUCUACAGUUGUUAAAACUGUGGCCACAGCUGUGACUUGCAACCCAUACCUGCAAGCCAGGAAAGGGGGUACAGCACUUUCAGUAGGCUUUCAAUUUUGGUUUGGAGGUGCCCAAAUUGUGCCCUCUUGUUUACAGACUUUUUGUUUUGAUGAAAAUGUUUACUCUUCCAUCAUUUUAAAAAAUGUAUUACAAAAAAAAAAAAAAAAAAAAAAAAAAAAAGGUUAAAGAAGAUACUAUCUAUCUCUGGGAAUACUGAACAGUGUUUGGCCAUGUUCUUUCAUUUUUCUAUUUUAUCUCGCUCUCUUGUUCUUUCUCACUCUCUUUCUCCCUCUUAGAUCAAGAGCAUGGUUCUCAGGAAAACCGUUCCCCAAGUUGGAGAAAAAAAAAAAAAAGAAAAGAAAAAACUUAUUUCCUUUUAGGAAAACCCAAUUUUUAGCACUGAAAUGACUCACUGCUCUCUUAUGACUUUACCUGCCAAAUAACUGCUUAAAGCUGGAUUUGUUCCACAGUACUGCUUUCAAGAUACUGUCUUUUUAUUCUUAGUGAGUGAAGAUGGUUUGCUGAUAACGCUGUAGUUCAUUUUUUCUUUGUAUUUCCAUUAUUGUGUGGCUAAAUGUUUUGUGCUCACUUGUGACUGUGUUAAAAGUUGACUGUUGUACUUUAAAAGCUGAAAUCUGUAACUAUGCAUCCUGUAACCAGGGUUUUGGCUUACAGUCAAAUGUUUGUUGUAAAAAAGUUUUAAAUGUAAAGAGGUUAUUGCAUAUAAGUUCAUGCAGAAACGAGUUACAUUUUUUUUGCCACAAAAUGGUAUUCAUAUGCUUGUUUAGUCAAAGACUGAAAAGACAAAGAAGGAUUUUAACUGUGCAAAAGUCGCCAUCAUUUCAUUGCCUUGAUUCUAACUGUCUGUGUCCUAAGAUGCAAAACAAGUCAGUGGCUUUUAACUGUUUACAAAUAGAAUGUGAUUGUAAAGAUGUACAAUUUGGUUGUGUUGAAUGAAGUUUCUUCAGAUAUUAAUAAAUCAUGACGUUUGGGCUGCUCAGCAUA